AGAUAAGUUCUGCAUUUACCGCACAAUGACUCUUCUCUCUCUCGCUCUGAACAACUGAACACCUUUUCAGCCUCCUCUACAUCUCUGUCUCCCCUCCCGCUCCCGCCUCGUGAGUCGCCCUGCAGCUUCUAUGGUCUUGGUACUCUCUUAAGUAUCAUCGGUGUCUGUUCAAAGAGGAAAAGUGAAGUUCGUUGCAUUCUUGUUUUAAGUUCGACAUAUGGCAUUAUAAUGCCUCUCUAUAUAGCCUUUAUUAUAUUGUAUAAACGUAGAAUAAGUCAUGACCUGGAACCAAAUCUCCAAAAAAGUAUUUGUAUCUUCUAGGGUUAAAUAUUUGACGGAGAAUUAUUCCCAAGGUUUUGCCUGGGUUGAGUUUGAACAUUGUUGUUACUAGGUUCAACUCUCAGUGACAACAGCUUGGUGAAGUUUAUGGGAGAGGAUGGAUGCCUCUGUUUGUGACCAACGGAAGAAGAGCAAAGCAUUUGUCUUCGAACUGGUGUUACUGAAUUUGCAGCGUUGCCAUCUGCCUCUUUUUAGUGUAUAACCAGUAACCACAGGGUUGUCCUCUUUAAAACUCAAUGGUACCUGAGGGAUAGUGGAGUUAUGGGCUUAUUUCAGGAUGCUAAAUGUUUUAAAGGUUCUUUGUGCUUUCAACUACUUUUUCUGAUCAUCUGGCUACCUGCUUACCAAGAUGUAAUGGCACAACAAAAACAAGUUGACUCUAGUCGUAUUUCUUCAAUGGUAGAGUUAGCCAAGGCACCUACUGUUGGGCUAUUUGAUCCCAUAGAAAUAUCACCUGCUGUCAUACCACAAUAUCCUAAUCCCACAAAACCUUCGCCACCAAUGUAUCCUACUUUCCCUACCAGAUAUGAACCAGUUUUAACUGGGAAAUGCCCAGUAAAUUUUUCAGAUAUGUCAAAUAUCUUAGAUAAAACAGCAUCUGAUUGUGCUGGACCUUUGGCAGCCCUUGUAGGGAAUGUAAUAUGUUGUCCACAGUUUACCAGUUUAAUCCACAUCUUCCAAGGUUUCUUCAGCAUGAGCUCUGAUAAGUUGGUUCUUUCGAGUACAGUUGCUGAUCAUUGUUUUUCUGAUAUCAUUAGUAUCUUAGCCAGUAGAGGAGCGAACAGUACAAUCUCUACACUUUGCUCCAUAAAAUCAUCUAAUCUUACAGGUGGGUCCUGUCCUGUGAAGGAUCUUUCCGCUUUUGAGAAAACGGUUAACACGAGUAAAUUACUUGAGGCUUGCAGCGCUGUUGAUCCACUCAAAGAGUGUUGUAGACCUAUUUGUCAGCCUGCAAUAAUGGACGCAGCCCUUCAGAUUUCAGGAAGAGAAUUGAUGAUCAACAAUAAUAAAAAUUUGGGCGGGGAAGUGAAUCACAUCAAUUAUCUUAAUGAUUGUAAAGAAGUGGUUUAUUCUUAUGUUUCAAGAAAACUCUUGUCAGAGGCUGCAAACACUGCAUUUCGAAUACUAUCUGCAUGUAAAGUCAACAAAGUUUGCCCUUUGACUUUCAAGGAGCCUUCAGAAGUAAUUAAUGCUUGUCGGAAUGUUGCUGCACCUAGCCCUUCCUGCUGCAGUUCAUUAAACAUUUAUAUUGCAGGGAUACAAAAGCAAAUGUUAAUUACAAAUAAACAAGCUAUCAUCUGUGCUACACUUUUUGGAUCUAUGUUACGUAGAGGUGGCAUACUGACAAAUAUUUAUGAACUUUGUGAUGUAGACUUGAAAGAUUUCAGCAUACAAGCAUAUGGACAACAAGGAUGCCUCCUUCGGAGCCUGCCUGCAGAUGUGGUGUUUGAUAACUCGACAGGCUUUAGCUUUACUUGCGACUUGAGUGACAACAUUGCUGCACCCUGGCCUUCAUCAUCUUCAAUCACAUCUGUGUCCCUUUGUGCACCGGAGAUGUCAUUACCAGCACUACCGACUUCGCAGACUUUAAAAAAUAUGGGCUGUAAUUCUGGGGGAUUGGAGUAUCUCAAAUUUAUUUUUUCAUUUUUCAUAUUUAGUGCGUUACUGCACUAGAGAUUUUAGGAUUGAGCUGGUUGAGUUGGGAGGAGGCCUUUUUUUUAAAUUUGUUGGUGUGUAUUUUGCAUGUAUAUUUUUAAUGGCCUCUACGUAUGUAUAGCAUGCCCCAACCCGGUUCUGCCCUUUUUUUUUUGGGGGGGGCCUUUCACCCAUCUUUAAUUCGUCUACUUCUGGAUGUCUUGUGCGUUUGCUGCUUGUAUUUGUGUAGCUGCGGCUCAUAUCCUGAAAAAAGCUGCCGUGAUGAUGCUGAGUUGGGGCAAUUGACUUUGAGUGUUUUCGUCAAGAUAUUCCAGCCUGAAGGAUUGGGAUGGGUUACUGUAACUCAGAUGGAAAUUCUGACAUUUUAGCUUUUGCCAAGAUGAUGUGCUUUACGGUGCAUAAAACCCAUUUCAAUCUCAAUCUCAAGUUUUGCAGAGAUUACGUUGAGAAUGCA